AUGCAGACGUUGAAGUGUGUUGUGGUGGGCGAUGGAGCGGUCGGUAAGACGUGCCUUCUCAUCUCAUACACCACCAACAAGUUCCCCAGCGAAUACGUGCCUACAGUCUUCGAUAACUACGCGGUAAGUUGGGUUUUUCUCGGAGUUUUUUUGGAUUUUUAGGUAAAGAAUUUGAAAAUAUGAAGAAGUAGGUAUGAAAUCUGGAAGUAUUAGGUUUAAAACUGCCCAAAAUUAACCAAAACCUUGUUUUAGGUAACAGUGAUGAUCGGUGGAGAGCCAUACACCCUUGGGUUAUUCGAUACAGCUGGUCAGGAAGAUUACGACAGACUACGACCUUUAUCAUAUCCACAAACAGACGUUUUCCUAGUGUGUUUCUCGGUGGUAGCACCAGCUUCUUUCGAAAACGUCAAAGAAAAGGUAAAAUUUUGAUGUUUUUCUUGGUUUUUAGGUGAUUCUUCAACGUUACGAUGAGUUACUGGACCAAAAUUGGUUUGAAAAGAUACAGAAGAAAGUUUUGAAGCCGUUUUUAGUAAAAACGGGGUUGAUUUGUUGGUUUUAGCGAAGUUUGGGAAUAAAAUAUAAAAGAUAGUGGGAUGUGAUGAGAGGGUGAAGGAAAAUUCGAUUUUUAAUGCCGUUUUUAAUAUUAAGAAUUGGAAAUUGACGUUGAAAGUUUUGCUAGACGUUGUUAUAACCAGUUUUUAUAAAUUUAGGUAGGUGAUUAGUGUUUUUGUAGUUUUAGAAGUAAAAGCAUCAAGGAUAAUAUGGAUUUUUGGCUCAAAAUAACGUUUUUUUCAAAAUAUUUUAUGCUUUUGGAAAUUAUUUUAGCUGUUUUACGUUGCCAAAUGUCUGAAACUGAUGAAAAUUUAAUAUUUUUAACAAACUUGUUACCUAAUAUUGACAUUUCAGUGGGUACCAGAAAUUGCACAUCAUUGUGCGAAAACGCCCUUCUUAUUAGUGGGGACGCAAGUGGAUCUACGAGACGAUGGCCCCAUCAUGGAGAAGUUGGCCAAGAACAAACAACGGCCAAUUACGACGGAAAUGGGAGAAAAGCUGGCAAAAGAGUUGAAAGCCGUGAAGUAUGUGGAAUGUUCAGCGUUAACACAGGUAUGUUAAGUUUGGUUUAUGCUUGUUUUUAGGCGUAAAAUGCCAUUUUUGAAUUGAAGAAUCUCUGUUAGGGCUGCAAGUGAGAUUUUAGGCCGAAAAUUGUCAUUUUAGAAUCAAAAUUUUUGGUUUAAGCUUAAAUAUGUCGUUUAGGCUUAAAAAUGUUACGUUAUGCCUAAAAAUGUUCUUUUUUGUUUAAAAAUGUCAGUUUAAGCUUAAAAAUUUCGUCUAGGCUUAAAAUGUCAAUUUAAGCUUUAAAAUCUUUUUUUAGGCUUGAAAUGUCACUUUAGGUUUAUCUAUGUCGUUUUAGGCUUAAAAGUUCUCCUUUUGGGCUUAAAAACUUAAAAUGUAAUUUUAGGUUUAAACAGGAUACUUUAGGCUUAGAAAUGUGAUUUUAUGCUUAAAAGUGUCAUUUUAGGCUUGAAAGUGUCAUUUUAUGCUUAAAAGUGUCAUUUUAGGCUUCACAUAUAUAGUUUUGGGCUUAAAAAUGUAAUUUAAGGCACGAAAUGUCAUUAUAAGCCUGACAAUGUCAUUUUGGCUUAAAAAUACCAUUUUAGGCUUUUAAAUUUCAGUAUAGGUUUAAAAUAUCAGUAAAAUGUCUGUUUGUGUCUAAAUUGCCAUUCUUUACAUUUACUCAAUUCGAAUAUUUGCAGAAAGGCCUCAAAAACGUGUUCGACGAGGCCAUCUUGGCCGCACUGGAACCCCCGCCGCCAGAAAAGAAACGCCGAUGCAAUUUACUAUAG